CAUGACUGUUGCCAAAACACUAAAGUGUUGAAUUUUUUUAUAUUUCACCUAUUACCAUACCAUUUUCCACGAGAAUGAAAAGCUGCUGACUGAACAUAUGAAGGACUGAUGGUAUGGUUGCUUGAGAGAAAAAAAAAUCUAAGUUCAUUUUGGGCGAAAUUUGGCGUUGUAACCGGUUCUGCAACUGAUUUUUACAAUUGAACCGUAAGGAAUCAUUCGUGAUAACAUCUCGGAAUUAUGUUCCAACCAAAGAAAACAGAGGAAGUUGAAAGUGACUCUGACUGGGACAGCCUUCCUGGAGAUGUCCAAGAACCAUCCUCUAGCCCUGAUUCAACUCCCAGACACCAGCCGGCUCCCCCACCUCAUUCCCCAAAGGGCCAUGUUUCUCAGAAGAGACCUCAGAUUAAGUCGCAGGCAGCAAUAGCAACCCCAGAGAAAAACUCUAUAACCAAUACACCAGUGACACAGCCUGUAUCCAAACCUGGUACACCUGCAUCAAGCAACAGACCAAGUCAGCUAUAUGGAAAACCUGGAAUUACCACCUUUGUUGACAGGAGCUUAAAUUCUACUUCAGUUACAGAUAACAGCUUGGAGAAUUCUCAGAACCAGGGGCUGAGCCCCAAUAUAAAUGAGAAUAGAUUGCAGAAAGAAAGACUGGGGAGACAAAAUGAAGGAAUCCACCUAGAAAUGAAUGAGGUGGAUAAUAAUGGACGUAAUCCACCAUUUACAGAUUUUCAAGCCAAUCUCCCUCAGCAAAAUGCUGGAAAACUUACACAAAAUGAGAAACCUAAGGCAGGAAAGAUCAAGCCAUCUUAUUUGGCAACCAAGGAGGCAAAUCAUGGGAACCAUUCUUGGGAUUCUGAUAGUGAACAAGAGCAAGAACUGGUUACACAUAGCAGAGAACCAUUGACACCACGUCAAAAAAAUUCUAAAAAGGGUAACCAUGAAGAGAAAAGUGUACACCUAGAACAUGAAACAGCCAUAGUAGAGAAUUAUGGCAAGUCUCUGACCUUAGAAACAUGCUGUGUACCUCUAGAGACUCGGAGUGAAAGACAAAUAAGUGGGCGUUCAUAUCAUUUUGAUCAUGGUCACAACCAUCAUUUUGAUGUCAGACCAGAAUGGAAGGAAGCUUACAUGAAGGGAGUAGCAGACAGAUCUGAAAAAUGGCUCCACUAUUUUUGGCAGGAGUUUUUCAGCACAGUUCGCAUCAUUACUGACUUUGCAUUCAUCUUUGUAUUAGAACUAUUACGGUUUGUCUUCCAUUAUGUUUUGCUCCGUGUACUUGGGGGAAUCAUCAUUGUGGUUGGAGAUCAUUUCUUAAAACCAUACUUGGCUUUGGUUUUUAACAGCAUUAUUCAACCUGCCUUUAUUUUCACAUGGAAUGUUCUAAGUGGCAUAAGAAACCUUUUACAGCCAUUAAUGGACAUCAGUAGUGUCUUUAUCACACAGCUGGGUUCCUUACUGAGGGCAUUUAGGCUCUUUGAACUUAACUGGAAACCAGUGUAUGAAAGAGGGCAAAAGCACGAUGUCCAUGUAUUGUAGCUACUGCUAAUGACAAAUACAACCUUAAAGGGUCAGGGGAUUAGGCUCAGCUAUUAAGGAAGUUUAGCAGAUUUGUUGUGUUUAUGCAUAUUGUGCCUAAAAGUUUGUUACUUUUUAGUUCUUUUAUUUAAUUUUAACCCCUAAACUCCUAAGAUCUCAAAAGUAACUCUCUGUACUGUCUACUGUAAAUUUCUUGUAAUGUUAAUUCUAAGGAUUUGGUCCUAACGUCUUUCCAUUUUAAAUCAAAUAACAUCCCCAGGCUGAUAUUUCUCUUUAUUCUCCUCACCUCACUGCUUGACAAUGUAUUGAUUCUGUAAGGAGAAAUGACUUAAUUCUUGGUCACUCCAAGGGUUGAAGUGCACAAGGAAGAAACUUACUAUUUAUUUACAAAUGGGGCAAUAUGUGGUGAGAAAAGUUAACUUCCAUCAAUACUGUCACUCCUAUUUUGUCAAUUUAGCAUGUGCUGAACUUAUAAAUUCUCCUUAUGAUUUUAUUGCAUUACCAGCAUCUAGCAAACGAUUUUGGGAAACAGUCAAAGAGAGAUUCUUAUUCUGAUUAGCCAUCAAAUGAUCUCGAUUAUUUAUAUAGAAAUUUAUGGCAAGCUAGAGGAGAGAAAUACCUUUCAGAUUCGCCUGAUUCCCUCUUUCCAACAAGAACCCUGAUUAGAUGAUAUUGGUGUUGCUGACCAAAGCAUUCCAUUGGGGAUCAGAACGGAGUACAUAAAGAUUUCAAAUUGAUCUUAAAUGUCUGUUUUUCCUUUGAAAAGAUUUGCUGAAGUCACUUCUUUGUUCAUAGUUGUCUGUGAGCCCCUGAAAGCCAUUCUGCUGAUCAAAAGCUUGGUUUGGACUGUUUGGUUUUUUACUUGCAAUCCAUCUACUACUGAAAAUUUCCAUCCAAAAUCACCACUUAUAAUACCUGUAGUAUUGAAUGAUUUUAUGAAAUGUUAGUGAAAAAUGCUUUUAAAAUGUUUCUUUGGUGUCCCCACUUUGAGUUUCCUUUUUAUUAAUUCUAUUUAUCAUAUGGC